AUGAUGCUUCAGCCCGACGAUGGAGGGUUCUUAUUUGCAUUCACGCAGAGCUACAAGUUGGUAAUUUGGAGUCCGAAGACUUUUAAAAAGGAGCUGACUUUAGGAAGACCCUCCAACAGCUCUAUCAAAGAAGUUGCUUUCUUCCUAGAUGGCAAGCAGGUUGCGUCGGUACAUGAAAAUGGUAACAUAAUGGUUUGGAACAUUGACUCUAUAACUGAGACCUCUCGGGUGACAAAAGCUUCUGGAAAGCACGACUUUGAAUUUCGACAUGGCAAGAUUCAGCGACUUGCGUACGGAUCAUCGCUCUAUCGAAGGCUUCGCUCUGUGUAUGAUUAUUUUAACCGACCAAUUUCGAUUGAUAGAAUGCCUCGGUUGAAUGGUGCUGGGAAUUCGGGACAAACUCGCUUUCUAUCGAGAGAUGGAAAUUGGAUGGUCACGUUGACAACCGCCAGUACAGGCUCAGCCUGGAACACCAGAACAGGUACGAAGACCUUUGACUUCUAUGAUUCGAUGUUAUUUCCCUUCCAGAGUUCUGUUGAAUUUCUACCAGGCUGUAACACAAUCGUGAUACUUGGUCAUGAGAAAAUCCAAUUUUGGAACAUGGACAGUGGUACCAGAGGCGACGAAAUCAAGAAUAAAAAUGGCUUUGCUGGCUUGAAAUUUUCCUCUUCCCGUUCGGGCAGUCUUCUGGUAUAUUUCUCUUGGAAAUAUCAGAACAGUAUUUAUCUGCGUUGUUUGCAAGCCUGGAAGAUUUCCGAAGCACGUGUCAUCUCGAGCUUUGAAAUACCGUUACGUCCCGGAAAUAUUCCAUAUACCUUGGCCUUUGCCCCAGAUGAAGAAUUUUAUGCUGCAUGGGGGGGAUACUAUGCCUGGUGUCGAAAUAAGAUCUCUUUAAACUGGCGUUCAACUGCACGAAAGAAAGAUCGAUCACGUUAG